UUAGACACAUUGAACAGACUUGCGCACCAUACAGGACACGAUGUGGCUUGCUGUGAUUUACAUAUGGGGAAGCCUGUUAGCAUUUUCUGUGUGUCACAUAUGCCAAGAGACCUCAGAGGACAUUGCUUCAUGGGUAACGCUGAAGCCCCUGGGGCACUGCGGGGACGAGGAGAACUUGUGCCCUUAUCAACUCACCAUCCCUCCUCUCUCCAUUCAGCUUCCCAAGCCUUUUAGGGAGCUGGAGAAAAUGGCCAAAGAGCUGCAGGACCUAAAGGAAGUUGUUAACCAGCUAAGGAGGGACUGCCAAGAAUGUAAAGACAGACAUAGUAUCCAGAGAAGUGGACAGAAAGAAUACGGCGAGGAAAAGGAAAGAAGACCUCAAAUUCCAAGGCAUAACAUCAGCAUCAAGGAGACACAAAGUCAUAGAAGUCAUAGUGGAGAACAAGUGGUCCAGAUCUUAACUUCAACCUUACUGCAAGGAGAUACAUCAGAAAGUGAGGGAACCAUCAAGGAUGGCGUGAAGAGGCUUGAUCAUUCCAUUUUGGAAAGUCAGGAAUGGAACAUUGCCCCAAGGAUUUUUCCAAACCAAGGCACCACAGAUCAGAGGUCUGAGAUGAGCAGAGAAGUAAAAAUAUUUAACCCCUCACUUGACGAGACACCUGAGGACAUAUCCAAGGUCAAACCGGUGCUCUCGCCUAUACCUGAGGAGUCAGAGAGAGAACUGAAGUCUAAGCAAAGUGAAUUAAUAGCCCCGUCCCUUCCUAGAAAAAAGGAUGCCGUACAAUCCUCAACCCAUGGGAAACAGCAGCCAAACAUUCUCAGAGAUGGACAUGUAAAGAACAUCAGUGGCAUCCUGACGGCAAGAAGAAGAGUGCAGGAGGUGCCUGAUUCGAAUGGAUUAAGCAGCAUUUCAAGGGAUGCUAACACUAAGAUAAUGGAUUUAAGCACAUCAGCUGGGAACAGAAGGAUUGUAAAAUUUCCUGGAGUAGGUGGAUCACUGAGGCCAAAGGGAUCCUACAUAAACAGUAGAGUUGUCAAGGUUACCAAUGAAGACAGACUGAAGAACCCUGCUUUGGUGAGGAUCCACAAUCUACAAUCCGGAGACAUGACGAUCAAGCCUGAGCCAGAAGAGGCUGGACUUUCUCCAGUGAGAAGUGGCAUUAUGCGGGUCAAGGAAACAAGUCCUCGUACAGCAAACACAAAACCUGGUGCAAUUACUGGGCUAACCCUAUCAACAGAUGACCAAAACAAUCAAGACAUCAGUAGGGUUUCUGGUCCCAGAACAGAUGAUGGACAUGUCCUGAACGUUGCAAGCCAAGUAGCUAAAAUUAUGGAGGACAAUUCAAGAAAAGUAAACAAGACUGUGAUUACAAGACUCCCAACAAAUCUGAGGAAAGAAAACCAGGGUGAUCUGAGUCACAUAGCCACAAAUAAGUCAAUCUCUAGUGUUAUGAACCAAGCUGAACAGCCAAAGAUGAUUAAAGAGGAAAAAAAGCACAUGGGACUGAGUGAAAGUCUGGUAGUUAUUAGUAGUGAGGAAGAGACUAGCUCCAAUUUGAAUAGAGAGGACUUGACUUUCCUAGGAAGACCGGUGGAAAAUGAAAAAUAUCUAAAUCCAAUUACAGAAACUAAUAACAGACAAACUGAUUUCAAAAUUUUGGAUAAGGCUGACAACACUUUCAAUGAAAGGCGAGUUUUGGUGGGAAAGACCAAUCCACAAUCUGGGGACAUGACGGUCAAGCCUGAGCCAGAAGAGACUGGAUUUUCCCCAGCAAGGAGUGGCGUUAUGCGGGUCAAGGAAACAAGUCCUCGUAUAGCAAACACAAAGCCUGGGGCAAUCAGCGGACCGACCCUGUCAACAGAUGACCAAAACAAACAAGACAUCAGUAGGGAUUCUGGUCCCAGAACAGAUGAUGGACAUGGCUUGAAAUAUGCAAGCCAAGCAACUAAUGUUAGGGAGGACAAUUUGAGAAAAGUAAACAAGACUGGGAUUACAAGACUUCCAACAAAUCUGAGGAAAGAAAACCAAGGUGAUGUGAGUCACACAGCCACAAAUAAGUCAAUCUCUAUAGUAGGCCAGGGGACAAGGAGAAUUUCAGUAACUCCGCUCAAAGUUCCAGCUGGAGAGGGACCGUUCCAGAACAGCAGGAAAAACAUCAGCAAGAUACGUAGAGUAAGCCAAGACAACAAAAGGUAUGUGAUGCCAAACCCAUUAAGACACCCCGAUAGACAUCCAACAACUGUGAUUUCACAGAGAGUCAACAAACUAAGACAACCUAAUGUGAUGGACAACAUGUCAGCAAACAAAAGUGUUGGGGUACAUUCAAAACUGUCAAUUUCAGUCAGAAAUACCAAUAUUGCCAGGAAAAAUGGCUCUGGAAUUAUAAGACCAAGCUAUAUAAGAAGGUCAAACUUUCAAACUGAGCCAAACACAACCAGAGACUUCAAGACAAAGGUAAGCACAGGGACUCAAUUCUCCAGUCCCACUGGUGCAACAGAACAAGAACAAACAGAAGAAAUCAAACCCAUUCCGCUGGUAAUGAGGUCAAAUGUAUUGGACAAUAAAUGGUUAAAAAACAACAGUACAGAGUUACAAUCACAACCAGAGUCUCAGAAUUCAAGUAAUGUACAAUAUUUGGAUAAGGUUCAACAAAGUAAGAACCAACUUAGAGACAACAGUGAGACUGGGAGUACAGAGGAUCCUAACAAUCUGCAAAGCGGAGCCUGGAAUUCACCUACUGGUGGGAAAGAAAACAAGAUUUUUAAUUUGGGAACUGAUGAUACCAGCAAUCAACAACCAUUUGAGGUGGAUAAGAUCAGCAGUGGAAAGAAAGGACCAACUGCACCAACCUUAAAGAAAGAGUCAUCUAAGGAACCAGGAACAAAUCUAUUUACCACCUCGACAGUCUCUUUUAUGGACACAAACCAUAAAGACAGCUCAAAAAAUAUUCAUAAAGUGACAAAUACACAUGUUGAAAUGGCUAAAAACGAUAGUUGGGAAACACCCAUAAGCUUUGAAAGUAUUGGAGCAACAAGAGAACUGGAACUUAUUACAUUUAAUAAAGACAGAGUGGAAGAAAACUCUGGGGAGAUAUUAUCUAACCCAAACAGUGCGGACACUGCCCAAGGGUACAGUGGAGAGAGGUACACAGAUCCAGUUGUUUUGGAAACGCUUACAAAUGUUGAAGAAAUUAAAGGCUCAAAGCUUUUCUCACUCAGCCCCGAGGACACUGCUGAGGGGUUUAAAUCGCAUGCAGUCAGUGAUGAGGUGACAGGGAGAGAGCAAGUAGAGAACAAGAUCCACAGCACCUGUGACAGUGAUUGUAACACUACGUCAACCCAACAGUCUACAGCCCAGACCAGGCCCCCAGUGGACUCUGGAAGAGAAAAAAGACCCGCACAAGACUGCGCUGAUUACAUUACAAAAUCCCGAAGGAAUGGUGUAUAUGGAGUAAUGCCGCAGCCAAAGAGCAGCAUGUUUCCUGUUUUCUGUGACAUGGAGUCUUCUGGCGGGGGCUGGACUUUGAUACAGCAUCGCUUUGAUGGCAGCACAAGUUUCAAUCACACAUGGGUUGAGUACAAGAAUGGAUUUGGUAAACUAAUAGGGGAGUUUUGGCUUGGCAAUGACAAGAUUCACUUGUUGACAAAGGCGAAGAACAUGUCAUUGCGAAUAGAAAUCGAAGACUUUGAGGGUAUCAAAGAAUAUGCUCAUUAUGACCACUUUUAUGUGGCCAAUGAAAGCCAACAAUACCGCCUGUCCAUUGGUGGUUACUCCGGUACAGCUGGUAAUGCCAUGCAGUUUAGUAAGAAUUACAAUCACGACCAGAAGCUCUUUACCACUCCGGACAGAGACAAUGACCAGUAUCCCUCUGGAAACUGCGGGGCCUAUUACAGCUCAGGCUGGUGGUUUGAUGCAUGCAUGUCUGCAAACUUAAAUGGGAGAUAUUAUCAAUCAAAGUACAAAGGGGUGCGUAAUGGGAUAUUUUGGGGUACGUGGCACAAUAUUACAAUGGAAUAUUACCCAACCAAUGAUAGACAAUCUUUUAAGACUGUUAAAAUGAUGAUUAGACCUAAAAACUAUGCCAAGUAAUAUUAUACCCACAAAUUCUAAAACUUACCAACAAAAAUUAAGCUCUCUUUUUAAGUUAGAUGGUACAAAAAAGCCAAGUACCUUAAGUAUAUUGCUACUCGUGUUUAUUGCUUUAUUAAUAGAAAAUAUAAGUGUGGUGUCAGAACUUGAAUAAACAUUGAUAAAUGUUUCUGUAUCUAUGUUGUUUUUUGAGCUGUACACAUAUAUAUUAGAAUACACAACUGAGCCUCUUGUGUUGCUUUGAAUAUGCUGAAUUGCAUAAGACAUGAAACCAUGCUAUUAACAGAUUCAGCUAUUAUCUUGUAUAUUGUAUUUUUUUAACUUACAAACACUAAAAUGUCUGUAAGUCUGGGCCAAUCCAUGACUACUAUGUUUACAUGGAUAUUUGCAGAAUUUCAGAUGCCAAUUUUUUUUUUAUACAAAUAAAAGCAUCUGUAAUUUUCUAUUAUUUUCAUUGUAGGAAUUUAGAAUUAACACCAAGUGUUAUUUUCAAAAAUUGUUUGUAUGUACAGAGGAAAUGUCAAUUUCAGUUAAAAAGGAGGAUCAUAAUUGAAUUACUUAAAAUUAACUAAUGAAUAAAUUACUACAUUUCUUCUAGAAAUACACAUUUUACUCCCCGCAGAAUUGUAACUCCUUUUCUGCAUCAUCUUGGAAACAUUUUUAAAUACAAUAAC